GCCCUAUAUACAAAUAAGUUGCUCUUGUAUCAUUAUUUUCUCUAUACCCAUACCAAUUCAGCUUCUUUCUUCUACAUUCCACAGUUAGAAUUAAACAACUAUUCUUUUUCAAUUCAACUUCUUUUCAUCAAAUGGCUAAAACUGUUGUUCUAGGCUUCAUAGCCCUCAAUGUCUUCUGCACUGCCUUUGCCUUUGGCCCUAUUCCAUUGCAAGAUUUCUGUGUUGCGGAUCUCACAAGCUCCACAAGAGUGAAUGGGCUGCCAUGUAAGGACCCUGCAACAGUCCAAGCCAACGAUUUCUUCUUCAGCGGGCUACAUGUACCUGGAAACACAACGAACCCUUUCGGCACCGCCCUCACCCCAGUGACGGUGACCCAAGUUCCAGGGCUCAACACUCUCGGCCUGUCAAUUGCCCGCCUGGAUUUCGCCCCGAGUGGAUUUCUCCCACCUCACACCCACCCCAGGGCGACUGAAAUCGUGGCCGUCCUGGAAGGUUCCCUGGAAGUUGGAUUUGUUACCACGAAUCCUGGUUACAGACACUUGAGUAAGGUUCUUGAGAAGGGCGAUGUUUUCGUAGUUCCAUUGGGUCUUGUUCAUUAUCAGCGCAAUGUGGGCAGCGGAAAUACUGUCGCCAUAGCCGCCCUGAACGGCCAGAAUCCAGGGAUUAUCGCUGUUCCAAGUGCUGUUUUUGGGGCGGAUCCAGCUAUCAACAGCGAUUAUCUUGCCAAGGCUUUUCUGUUGGACAAGAAAACAGUAGAAGAGCUCCAGGCUAAGUUCUAAAUGCCGCGGAGAAGAGCGACGGAUUAUUCAAUGAAUUGAUAUAAUUUCAAUUGUUAAUUUAAUUACAUUGAGUAACUAUAAAUGCAAUAUGUUCUAUUUCUUCUUCUUA